AUGGCUAUAGCGCGAACUGGAGUUUACGUUGAUGAUUACCUUGAGUAUGCCAGCACUUUCCCUGCAGAACUUCAAAGAUUGUUAAAUACAGUUCGCGAGCUGGACGAGAGAUCUCAAUCGCUCAUAAACCAGACAAGGCAACAAACUAAGUAUUGCUUAGGGAUUGCCUCACAAAGUUCCAAGAAGGGCAGUGGCAAUAAUCACUACAACAUUGGCAUUGAUGAAGACGAAACCGUUGAAAAAAUGCGUAAAGAGAUUGAGUCCAGCCAGGAAAAUGCUUUAAGUUUGUGUACGGAGAAGGUCUUAUUGGCCCGGCAAGCCUAUGAUCUUAUCGACAGUCACGUAAGACGACUUGAUGAAGAUCUCAAUAAUUUUGCUGAAGAUUUGAAGCAAGAAGGAAAAAUUCCAGCAGACGAGCCCUCUCUUCUUCCUCCACUACCUAUUGUUCCCAAGCAGGAAAAGCGCAAGUCUUUCUAUGGCACACCUCAGCCUAAGAAGAUUGAUUACAGAGAUAGAGAGUGGGAUCGUGAUAGGGAUUUCGAGCUCAUGCCUCCUCCAGGAAGCCAUCGGAAAGACUUUACCCCUAUUGAUGAGCAGCCAAUCGAUCCUAACGAACCGACGUACUGUGUCUGCCAUCAGGUGUCUUUUGGGGACAUGAUUGCUUGUGACAAUGAGAAUGCUCCUCCCACAGUCACACUAGUAUCAUUCCUACUUGUCGCAAGGUGGAAAUGA